AUGGUUGCUUACACUCGUGCGCUGGCCGGCGCCGUCGGCCUGCUCGUUCCCCUCUACGAGUAUCCUACCGGCACCACUGCCACGGCCGACUGGACCGCACUCAUCGCCGCCAUCGACGCCCACCCCCAGCUGCCCUUUUACGUCGUCGUCAACGACGCCAACGGCCCGCCCUACAGCCCCAACCCCCCGGCCAGCAUACCCGACUGGGCCCAGUGGAUCGACGCCCUCAACGCCCGCAGCAACGCCAAGACCAUUGGCUACAUCUACACCUCGCAGUCCACCCGUGCCUACAGCGACCUCACCGCGGCCGUCGACCAGUAUGCCAGCUGGACCACCUCGGCCGGCUUCACCACCAACGCGUCGCGCUACGACAUCCACAUUGACGGCAUCUUCUUUGACGAGAUUGACACCGUGCCCGCCAAGCUGACCGCCAACACGCAGCUGACGACCUACGCCAAGACCGCGUUUGCCGGGCGCGGCGGCCCCGUCGUCCUCAACCCGGGCACGCUCGUGCAGGCCGGCAGCGAGUCCCUGUUCGACCUGGCCGACUCCAUCGUGCAGAUCGAGACGUGCUACACCAACACGACGGGCGCCACCGACCCGGGCGGCAUUGUGCGCUGCCAGCCGGACCGCUAUGCGCCCUUUACCCCGGCGCUCGCGACCACCGUCGGCGACGCCGCGCGGUCAGCCAAGUCGAGCAUUGUCGUGCACGACUUUUACGAGACGUGGUCGCCCUUUGCGCCCGCCUCGCUGUCCUCGCUGCAGACGGACAUUGCCGCCGUCAUCCAGCAGGGCGUCCACAGCUUCUACUUUACCGUCUACGGCUACACCACCGACUUUACUGCGUCGCCGGCCAGCAUCACCCAAGUCGCAGACUAUGCUGCCCAGCUGCAAGGUCUGGCCUAA